UCGGGUAGACGGUCCACAUUUAUAUCUCUGCUACAAUCGGCAUUCAUCUUCAAAAACGUAGACGACAUACGCGGUAAAUCAUUGUGCUCUUUAGGAUAACGCCAUCACACACUACGCUUGACAAGGGCUGCCUACCCGGCCACUAUCCAUUCAGAAUGGUUGGGCACGUAAACAUGAUGGACGAUGUCCUAAUAUCGAACUUGCCUCCCGAGUACCUUCGAUCGGCUUUGCGAGCUCUCAUCUCCCAGGGCUCCUCUGUACAGCAACCCUUCGUUCGACAUGUUCGCGAGAGACUUCUUGAUCCGAAACCCGAACUCUAUCCCGCUCAAGUGCUCUUCCCCGGUCCUGAUGAACUGGCAACGGAGUGUACAACGUAUCUAGCUCUUACGAGGUGCCUUUUCUCGAGUAAAAUGGUACAACUCUCCUUAUCGUACCUAGAUCAUUUUUCAUGUUCAUUACACGAGGCGAACGCAAACUGGACCAUUGGGUCCGAGCUACACAAGGCCCUCGGUGGCUUUGCUGGCGACAUAGUACAGGCAAUGCAGGCCCUCAAGGAAAUCGAUCCUCCGAGGGACGAUGCACUUAAAGCUGAACUCCUCAAGCUUCACACGUCUCUAGUGAAAUGCCGCCACUACUGCGAGACACAUGAACCAAAUGUUUUGGACUAUCCGUUUCAAAGAUCAGAGAGACAGGUCGCUGACGUUGUGCACAUAUUAUAUCCGGAUCACCCAGCAAUAGACAAGACAGGCGACGAAUAUUUCUUCCCGUCAGACGUUUCACUCAGUGAGAUCACCGAGACUUUUACUUUGGGGCCCUUUGAAGCGCCUCGCCUCUUCAAUGGUUUCUGGCAACUCUCUUCUCCUGCCUGGGGCACGGCAUCUUCCGAUUCUCAGAACGCGGCUCUUUCGCAGCUUCUCCGCUCUGGGUUGGUUGCUGCAGAUAUGGCAGAUCACUAUGGUGAUGCUGAACUCGUAUAUGGUCACUUCCGAAACAGUCUUCCACCUCAGGUGAAAGACAAGGUGUUCGCUGCUACAAAGUGGUGUGUAUUCAAACCCAUUGGCUGUGAGGUCACCGACAAGUGGGUGCUAGAGGCAGUUAAAGAGCGAUGUAGGCGGCUUGGAGGCAGAGUCGAGCUCCUUCAGUUCCACUGGUAUGAUUAUGGGGAGAAAGAAUAUCUUGACAUCCUAGUGAAGCUUAUCUCCCUCACAAAAACCCAUCCUAGGCUUGUCAGUUCAAUUGGCCUCUGCAACUUUGACUCAGCUCAUACACAAGAAGCGUGCGAUUACCUUCUUGACAAGACCGGGGUUGUUGGACUCGUGUCAAACCAAAUACAAUUCUCUGUUGUAGAUUCGCGUCCCCUCUGGAAGAUGUGCUCUAUAUCGGCGAAAUAUGGGUUGAAACUUCUCACGUACGGCUCAUUUUGUGGUGGCUUUCUUUCCAGCCGCUGGCUCAACCAGCGUCUGCCAGAGAUGUAUUCCGCCUCGUGCCACCUGACGCCGUCCCAACGCAAGUACUUGGGAAUGAUCUGUGACUGGGGCAGCUGGGAAGACUUUCAAACCCUGCUGUCCAGGCUCUCUACCAUCGCAGAGAAGCAUGGCGGCCUAAGUCUUACCAGCGUAGCUAUUCGAUGGGUUUUGCAAAAACCGUCAGUUGGCGCAGUCAUUGUAGGGACAAGGCUCGGUGUAGCAACGCAUGAUCAGGAUAAUUUGACUAUAUUAAAUCUAACACUGGACGAUGAUGAUAUGAAGGCAAUCGAUGAAGUGGCGCUAGGCAGUAACAACGAGAAAGCUGGUAGGCUAAUUGAGAGUUUGGGUGACUGUGGCAACGAGUAUCGCAAUAUGCACUGAAACAGUUUGAGGAUGAAUUGUAAUUAUUCAUUGUGACCUUUGCAACGCAUCUGCGGCACACCUGGGUGCAACAAUAGACCUCCAAAUAGGAUACAUGUUUCGAGGCAGAUUCAAGUUCUACAGCGUUUCUGUUUAAUAAGCACCGGGCGCGUUUGACUGUCUCCAAGUUCUUCAUAUAGAACAACCAAAACACCAAGUCCCGUUAUGCUGAUUCUCCUUCAGAGUCCCACUCGUUGAAUAGGACUCCUAAGAGAAUUGGUUAACGUGAUGGGGGCUUGUGACUUA